GAGAAAAGAGAAAUAGCAGUAGCGGUUGAGUCUCAACCGGGUUUUCGGUGUCGGCUAGGUGUAGUUAAUACAGUAAGAGUUUGUGAUAGCUUUGGAGAAGUGAAACGGGGAUAUACGAGUAUUGCAAGCAGGGUUGUUUUUUUCGCUGCUGAAUUUCUCAUUAGUUAGUCAGCCGGCUGAGAGGGAAAGAAAAAGGAAUAUUUGUUGUCGGGCUGGCUGUCUAUACUGUGGAUUCUCUGUCCUAAAUUGCCGAGUUGCACCCACUGCUGGAAAUUGUCCACAUUCUUAUCCUUCCGGAUGAAGUUCAAUUGAUCAGUGGAUAUUACAUUCUGGUGUUAAUACAGGCAAGGGCUAACUCUAGCCCUGACGGUUGACCCGAACGGAUAAACAAUAAAGAUGGGGCCCAAUCUGGGUCUUUGGACCCUAAUCCUGGCCUUUGUGGCGCUUGGAUAUAUAUCAUCUGAAACCGAAAAAGACUUUGAGUUUGCUGGUGAGAAGACAGCUCAACUUUCUGAUGAUGAGGACUUUCUGGCGGACCAAGAAGGGUCAGGGGACAUUGAGGGGAGCGGCGGGGCAAUCGCAGUGCCAGCCUUAUAUAGAGCCAGGAUCAACAUCACAAGUCUUUCAUUUACGGCUGAAAUCGAGGCAGCACGGGACUCUCGUACAAUCAACAGUCUAGCGAUUACUAUACAGCUCCAAAAGGCUAUAGAGCAAAUCCUAGCCAGCCUGCGUGGGACUAUACGGAUAAGAAUUGUGGAUUAUGAGCCGGGCUCACUGAUGGUCGUGUUUGAUGUGGAGACUGAUGGUUCCGCCACUGAAGAUGAGAUCGUUGCCCGUCUCAAGGAAGCGCUCAGUAAAGGAGUCAUUAAUGGGAACGAAGUCAGUCUGGAGGGAUUCCAGUUUGAUCUGGUUAGGACUGAACCAGCAACCUGCCCAGCUUACUUUGGAACAGAUCCUGCACCCCUUCCUGAUAUUGAUAGGACUAUAUAUGGAGCCAAGGCAAACAUCAUGGUUGACAAUCCAUUCCCCUGUGACGGAACCAUUGUGGCUUGGAGGUACUACCGAAUUGAAAGAGUGGGCACUGCCUACUUUGGAGUGUUCAGACCAGUUGAAGGAGGCGGUCAUCAAAUAGUCAAUUAUACUGAAAUUCCUGAAGCAGAGAUCGGAGAACAAAGGGUCCAGCUGACUAAUAAAAUAAAUGUAAUUCAGGGCAAUUAUAUUGGUGUUUUCUACGAUCGGGGAACCCAGUUUGGGGUGGUCUCAAAUGAUAUCAGUUUAUCUAGUAGUGAUAGAAACGAUCUAUAUACUAACUAUGUUAUUGCUGCCUACUUUGAAGACCUUUCAUCCGGAACCUAUUAUCAAAAUCCAUAUGGAUACGAAACCACUAAAGCCAAAUUUGCAAUACAGGCAGAGAUGGAAUAUGGUGGACCAGUUGUUGUGACUGCUGCCCCUGUAGUGUGCACAGCUGAGGAGUGGAAAUGUAGGAGUGGGGAGUGUAUUCCACAGGAAUAUCGCUGUGACAACCAGCCUGAUUGUUUUGAUAAGUCUGAUGAAGAAGAAUGUGAUAAUUUGUCAAACUGCGCAGCCGAUGAGUUUAGGUGUAAGAACUUGCUUGUGUGCCUACCCCCACAGUUUGUGUGCAACUUUGUUGAUGAUUGUGGAGACAACUCGGAUGAAGAACAGUGUGGUCCCGGCCAGGUGCUGAUCACCUCCUAUAUUGAGAGUAGCAGCUCCAAUGAGUACAUGUUGUCCUGGGCCCGGCCCCUGAUGGGCUCUUCUGAUAUCAACAAUUACUCCAUCAAAUGGAGAAAGGUCACUGUGCGGGACGGCCAACUGACAUCCCAAGGUAACUUCAUCAUGGAACAGGCCGUGUCACAAUUUUACCAGGUGGUUAUCAGUUCGGACAAGGAGAACCACCUCAUCACAGGCCUUGAACCAAGGACAUACUAUCAGGUGGAAAUUGCCGCUAAUAACGAAGUCGGCUCCUCCGUACCACAGGCUUUCAUCUUCAAAACUGCUGACCGUGGUUGUGAGCCCGGGCAGUUCCAGUGUAACAAUGGCGGAUGUAUCGACAAUCGGUUCCGCUGCGAUGACAGCCCAGACUGCUCCGAUGAUUCUGAUGAAAUUGGAUGCAAUGAGAUCCCUACGUGCCCAGAAGGCAUGAUGCGAUGUCUUCUCCAGGAUGGCUCAUCCAAGUGUGUCCUUGCAUCUGUCGGUUGUGCCUGUCGGGAGGAUGAGUUCCAAUGCUUGGAUGGUCGGGGCUGUAUUAACUUUGCCUCCAUCUGUGAUGGGAGGGAUGAUUGUUCUGACCGUUCAGAUGAGGCUAAUUGUGACUGUGCCGAUGGCGAAUUUCAGUGUUCGUCAGACCGGCGAUGUAUCUCCAACUCCCUACGAUGCAACUCUCGACCGGAUUGUGCUGAUAGUUCAGAUGAGGCCAACUGCCCUUGCAGACCCGAUCAGUAUACAUGUGCUGAUGGUAAUUGUGUCGAAGGAAACAUGAGAUGCGAUGGCGUGCCCCAGUGUGAGGACAGAUCAGAUGAGUUUGGAUGUCCAUGUCCACCUGGAUCGUUCACGUGCACAAACACCCCGACACGGGAAUGUGUGGACGAGGGGCUGCGUUGUGACAGAACCCCUGACUGCUCAGAUGGAUCUGAUGAACAGAACUGCCCGACUCCAACAUGUGGUCCAGGCAAGUGGCAGUGUAGAGACACAUCAUGUGUGCCGGAAUCCAUGAGGUGUGAUGGGCGACCACAGUGUGAGGAUGGGUCAGACGAGGACCAGUGCAUAGCUACUUGCAGACCCGAUCAGUAUACAUGUGCUGAUGGUAAUUGUGUCGAAGGAAACAUGAGAUGCGAUGGCGUGCCCCAGUGUGAGGACAGAUCAGAUGAGUUUGGAUGUCCAAGAGACGACCCACCCGUGGCCAAUGCAGGAAGUGACAUCACUGUCACCUAUCCAAGCCCUAUAAGACUAGAUGGCCGACGCUCAUCUGAUGACACCAGGAUUGUUGGCUACCAGUGGCGACGUACUGACCUCUCACCAGGUUUCUUCUACUCAGGAGAGGUGAUCGAUAUCACAGAUUUGGCUCCCGGCACGUAUGACUUUGUUCUAACUGUUGAAGAUGACGCUGGCCAGACUGACAGUGACAAUGUCAGUGUUACUGUGAAUGGCUGCAGAUCAGACCAGUACACAUGUGCUGAUGGGAAUUGCGUGCAGGCUAACAUGAGAUGUGACGGAGUGCCCCAGUGUGAAGAUAGAUCAGAUGAGCUUAACUGCCCAGCUAAGGUGUGUCCAGACAGUGAUUUCCAGUGUAAGACAGUGGGAAUUCUGGAAUGCGUUGACAAACGACUGCAAUGUGAUGGAUAUCCGGAUUGUACAGAUGGUUCUGAUGAAGAUGGUUGUCCGGGCUGCCGGAGGAAUGAGUUUGAAUGUGCCAGUGACAACCGCUGUAUUUCGGAGAGUUCUCGAUGUAACGGACGAAUUGAAUGUGCAGACAGAUCUGAUGAACUUGGCUGUGUGUGUACUGAAGAGCAGUUCCGAUGUGGUGAUGGAAUCUGUAUAGACCUUAGCCAACGCUGUGACCAACGUGUCGAUUGUACGGACCGAUCGGAUGAACUGGCUUGCCCUUGUCGGGAUGGCGAAUUCCAGUGUUUGAACGGAGACUGUGUGCUCGAGUCCGCCCGUUGUAACGGCCGAAGUGAAUGUCGCGACCUCUCUGACGAGACCAACUGUCCGGAUCGUCGUCGAUACCCGCCCUGCCAGGAUGGGUUUUUCCAGUGCGGCACGGGUCAUUGUCUCCAGGAAUCUCGUCAUUGUGACGGGUAUCCCGAUUGCCCCGAUCAAUCGGACGAACGAGACUGUACACUUCGGUGUGAGGCAGGUGAGAUGGAAUGUGAGGUGGACAGGAAGUGUAUCCCACAGGCACAGAUCUGUAACCGCGUCUACGACUGCACCGAUGGACGUGAUGAACUUGACUGUGCGGUGUGCUCUGACCGUGAGUUCCAGUGCGAGUCUGACCGGACCUGUAUCAGUGCCGUAGGGAGGUGUAACGGAGUGAAGGAGUGUUCAGAUGGCUCCGAUGAGAUGAACUGCCCCCCUCGCCCAGAAGUGUCAGUAGUGAUAAGUCCCCGUCAGUUGCGUAUUCGGGCAGGUGCGGAGGCUGUUUUCACAUGCGCCGUCAGCGGACUGCCCGGUGCAAGGAUACAGUGGUACAGGCAAGGGGGCAAGGACCUCCCUAUGCAGUCGGCUGCUGAAUACAACAAGCUGAUGAUUCCAGUUGCUAAGGUGAUGGAUUCUGGAGUGUAUGUUUGCCGUGUGAGAGAUUCAGACCAGGAGUAUUCAGACUCAGCACAGCUUGAUGUGGUGCAAAUCGGUCCGGAUCCAGACAAUGGAGGAGAUGGAGGUCCAUGUGGUAAAGACGAGGCAGUCUGUCAGAAUGGCCAGUGUAUCAGACGAGAGUACCGCUGUGAUGGCGAGAGGGAUUGUUCAGACGGCUCAGACGAACCUGCCGACUGCUACAACAAUCUGUGUGAGCCCAAUGAGUUCCAGUGCCCGUCUGGCCAGUGUGUGAUGAAGAUCUGGAGGUGUGAUGGGGAGAAUGACUGUGAUGAUGGAUUUGAUGAGUCCAACUGCAGAUCAAAAUCUCCUACUGAGCCAUGUGGCUUUGACGAGUUCCAGUGUGUUAGUGGAGACCAGUGUAUUCCACUCGCAUACCAGUGUGACCAGGAAAUCGACUGUCUUGAUCGAUCAGAUGAAAUUGGCUGCUCUCCACCUAUCAUCACGCUGCCUCCUGUUGCUGAGAUUGAAGUGGAACUAGGAGGAACAUUCACCAUCAUCUGUGAGGCUGUUGGAGUCCCCACACCCCUUAUUGUGUGGAGAUUGAACUGGGGAAAUAUACCCUCAGGUGAUAGAGUGACUACUGUUAGUGAAAGUGGUCGAGGGGUUUUGACUGUGAGAGACGCACGUUAUGAGGAUGCCGGUGCGUACACUUGUGAGGCGAUCAACAAUCGCGGAUCCAUCUUUGCCAUCCCAGACGCCCUAGUUAUUGUCACACGUCAGAAAGGCCUGUGCAGACCACCCUUCUUCAACUCAGCUGCGAACACUUCUGACAAUUGUAUGCGCUGCUUCUGUUUUGGACACACCAUCCAGUGCUUUAGCAGUGACCUCUCAGUCUCCAGGAUUGCCUUAGCCAACAAGCCAGAGUUUGUACGGGAAGAAAGCGGUACCCAAACACCCAUUGAGUCCUCAUUGGUCAACGUAAAUCAGAGGAGUGGAGAAUAUGAGGUUGUGGACAUGACACGAAACCUGCCCAGUGGAGUUUACUACUGGAAGCUGCAGCGGGAAUUCCUUGGGGAUAGUCUGAGCAGUUAUGGCGGAGAGCUCAAAUACACCAUCUUCUAUGAUAUCGCUGGCAGACGACAGUCAACACUUGAUGUUGUGGAUGUGAUCAUCAAGGGCAAUGGAAUAACUUUGUAUUACAGAGCAUCGGUCGUCCCAUCCCCCGGUGUACAGACAUCCAUCUCAGUACCACUUAUUGAGUCUGCCUGGCAGCGAGCGGACUCGACCACAAUUCGAGGUGACACCCCAGUAGAGACACUGUAUGCCGAUCGUGGAGACCUCAUGAUGGUUCUUGAGGAUCUGGAGUACAUUCUGAUCCGUGGAUCAUAUGACAGACAGCAGACGGUCAGCAGGAUUGGUGGCGUGUUCAUGAGCACAGCUGUGGAAUACCAGACAGAGUAUGGACAGGCUUAUCUUGUAGAGGAAUGUAGCUGUCCAACUGGAUAUGUCGGCAUGUCGUGUCAGAACUGUGCGGAUGGGUUUACCCGCGUACAGACGGGCCCGUAUCUGGGACAAUGUGUCGCCUGCAACUGUAAUGGCCAUUCUAAUGACUGUGAUCCUUACACAGGACAGUGCAUUAAUUGCCUGCACAACACUGAAGGAGCCAACUGCCAGAUUUGUCAGGAUGGUUACUAUGGUGAUGCAAGACAGGGGACCCCUGGGGAUUGUCGAGCCUGCCCCUGUCCCCUUACUGACCCUGCAAACCAGUUUAGCCGUUCAUGUUUCCUGGAGCGUGAUGGUGAGGUCACGUGCGGGAAUUGCCCCACCGGGUAUGAGGGACGUCGAUGUGAGCGCUGUUCUGAAGGGUAUGUGGGCGACCCAAUGACUCCUGGAAGCUCCUGCACCAAGACUUUAGUGGAUUACUGUGACCCCAGGGGAAGUGUGCAACCCCAGCCCAACCCCAUUACUCGCAGGUGUGACUGUAAGGAAAACACGUUAGGUGACCGAUGUGAUCGUUGUAAAGGGAACUCAUUCUACCUUAGUGCUAACUAUGAGCUGGGAUGUGUGCGAUGUUUCUGUAUGGGGGUGUCCAACGUUUGUCAGAGCACCUCGUGGAACAGGGCACAGGUGAGUGUCUCCUUCACAAGAGACACAUCAGAUGUGAGAAUCACUGAUAUGAAUGGUAACGCCCUAACUGCCCAGCAACUGACCACUGACUCUGCCAACCGCGAACUUGGUUUCCGUGGUGAAAGCACGGACACGCUCUACUGGGCACUCCCACAACGUUUCCUUGGUGACCGGGUGUCAGCUUAUGGAGGUGCACUGAGGUUCACUCUGAACUUCAGAUCGGCCAAUGGUGCGGAGGUGAACCCAGCUGAGCCCCUCGUGAAAAUCUCGGGCAACGAUAUCACCCUUGUACACAGAGUCCGACUGAACAUGGAAUCCCAAAAACCUCUGGCCAUCAGCAUCAUGAUGUACGAACAGAACUGGUACCGUCUGGACGGGCAACCAGCCACCCGAGAACAUCUGCUGAUGGCCCUUGCUGACCUUGACACCAUGAUGAUCAGAGCAACAUAUGAGAAACCACAGGCGUAUGCAGGCUUGAGGGAUGUCAGCCUGGACAUUGCGGAAGACCGGAGCACGCGUCAGGACCGAGCCUACCCCGUGGAGCAGUGUAGCUGCCCAGUUGGAUAUCGAGGUUUAUCUUGCGAGGACUGUGACACCGGCUACACUCGCUCAGGCGGGGGGCUCUACCUGGGGCUUUGUGAGCUAUGCAGUUGUAAUGGGCACUCCAGUGAAUGCCACCCAGAGACAGGCGUGUGCAGGAACUGCCAACACAACACCGCUGGUGACAACUGUGAGAUGUGUGCCAUUGGUUACUAUGGUGACGCUACCCGGGGAUCACGCAUUGAUUGUCAGCAAUGUCCUUGUCCUCUCACAGAGUCACCUAACCAGUUCAGCCCCACUUGUGAGCUGAUCAGGGACAGUUCGAACAGAGGAGAUGUGAGGUGUACUGCCUGCCCUGUUGGACACACAGGACUUAGAUGUGAAUCAUGCUUGCCAGGUUACACUGGCAACCCAAUGAAGGUUGGAGACUACUGUAAGCUUGGACCUGAUGUUAAUUGUGACUGUGACACUCGCGGUAUUGUGCCCAACACACAAUGUGACGAAAACACCAUGCAAUGCCAGUGUAAGCCGUACGUUCAGGGCCGUCGCUGUGCACGGUGCAGGGAGGAUCAUUUCUACCUGGAUGCCAACAACCCCCAGGGCUGUCUGACUUGCUUCUGUUCCGGCAUCACCAACCAGUGUACAAGCUCUAGCUACUACAGGGACAGCUUGCGGCCAAUAAUUGGUACAGAUGGCAGCCACAACUUUGUCCUGGUCAACAGGCGCAUGAACAACCUCAUCAGUGAUGGCUUCAUUGUGGAUUCUUCAAGGAAUUCAGUCACAUACAACAGGUUUGAGGGUGUACAACAGGAGCGUGAGAGCCUAUUUUUCCAGCUGCCCGCCAAGUUCCGUGGAGAUAGGGUCACCGCAUAUGGUGGAUAUCUUCGAUUUACGCUUGAAUUCUCUGUUAGGCCAGAAGGACGCAUGUACAGAGAUGUAGACUUGGAAAUAAUUAGCCAGGGCCAAUCGGCAAGAGUGUACCAUUUGUUUGAGCCUGCACUCGAGGUGGACCGCACACAGACAUAUGAGAUUCUACUUAGAGAGAGCUCGUUUAAUGAUUUGAGGAGCAACACCAAUCCAACUCGUGAGACUUUCAUGAAGAUGCUCUCCGAUGUGGAGGGAAUUCUUAUCAGGGCUACAUACCACCAAAACAUGGCAUCGGUUACACUUCGUGAUGUCAGCAUGGACACUGCCAUACCCACGCCUACUGGCCUUGGAGGAGCCCCAAUGGUUGAGGACUGUCGUUGCCCCGAGGGUUACACAGGCCUGUCAUGUGAACGCUGUGCCGAUGGCUACCUCCGUGUGUCUGAUGGGAGGGACGGGCUUGGGCGAUGUGUACGGUGUAACUGCAACAAACAUGCCACCUCUUGUGAUCCUGAGUCUGGACGGUGCUUGGAUUGCCAACAUAACACUGAGGGAGAUCGCUGUGACCGAUGUAUGGCUGGUUUCUAUGGUGUCGCCACUGCUGGAACACCCAAUGACUGUCGACCAUGCCCCUGUCCUCUCACUACAAGACCCAACCAGUUUUCUUCCACAUGCUUCUUAGCUGACGACAAUCAAGUGACAUGUGACAGAUGUCCGACAGGCUACACCGGCAGGCAGUGUGGACAAUGUGCAGAGGGUUAUGUAGGCAACCCAAGUGAGGCUGGGGGUUCAUGCCGACGCCAGGAGGAAGAUCGCCGACCCAAUGUGGUUGUCUCCCCUGUCCGGGUGGAGGAGCCAGAAACAUCCUCUGUUGUGUUCCAGUGUCAAGUUAGUGGAGAAGGCCCCUUCAAUGUUGUGUGGAGUCGUCUUGACCGACGUCCACUAUCCGAUCGCGCAAACACGAGUCCCCGCUACUCACUGACCAUCCGUGACCUUGUACGAGAUGACACAGGCAGAUAUGUAUGUACGGCUACAAACCGGUUUGGAGUUACACGUAGAGAGGUGGAAUUGGUGGUUGUGGGAGGUCGUCGCCCCCUACAGGUCCGCAUUGACCAGACAAGAAUUGAGGUAGAAGAGGGACGUUCUGCGAGACUCGUGUGCUCUGUUGUCGUUAGCUCGGCUGGAGAGAUGUACAUCCUCUCCUGGAGCAAGCAGGGGGGCCAGAUGCCGGCAAAGGCUAUAGACCAGAAUGGCGUACUUGUGAUCCCAAAUAUCCAGCGUAGUGACGCAGGCAACUAUAUGUGUACUGGCUCUGACAUGUUCCACGUGGAUGAAGCUGUUGCCGUAAUUAUUGUCAAGGAAGAUUCAGCUCAGUCUCCAACUGUGCGUAUAGAACCUCGCUACCUGUAUGUUGAUGAAGGAAAUACCGUCACGUUCCAGUGUAUUGCCAGUGGAAGUCCACCACCCAGGAUCGAGUGGUACCGGGGAGGUAACCGUGAGUUGAGCCCAGAGGCUACAGUGACUAGUGAUGGUACCCUGCGUAUCCCACGGGCCCAGCUUUCAGACGAGAGUGACUACUACUGUAAAGCCACCAAUGAACAUGGCUCGUCUGAACUACGAACAAUUCUCUAUGUGAGACCUAUUUCAAAACCAGAAAUCACCAUCAUUGUUCGUCAGACCAAGUAUGUAGUAGUUGCCGGAGACACAGCAAGACUUGAAUGUUAUGCUGAGGAUGGAAGUGAUCGAAUCACACUAUUCUGGUCACGAUCCACCGGCCUUCCUGUGGGCGCCACUCAGAAUAACGGCAUUCUGACCAUACCAAAUGUGCAGCCUAGCUACGCUGGCAAGUACGUGUGUACUGGCACAGAUUCUGAGACGGGAAUAUACAGCACUGCAGAAGCUUUCUUGGAAGUCGAUGUCAGUCCUUCAGUUAUUGCACCCACUGUAAAAGUGGAACCGGAGAAAGUCACAAUCCCCAUGGGAACCACCGGUACCCUGACAUGUAAGGCUACUGGUAAUCCACAGCCAACUAUCACCUGGCUCAAGUCAAGGGAGGAUCUGUCGUCAAACCAUGUGGUGACAGGCAAUACUCUGCGAAUCACCCAGGCAACAAUGGCAGACAGAGGUAUUUACGUAUGCCGGGCCUCAAAUCAGGCGGGAACCGAUCAGGACUGGACCAUUGUGGAGGUCGAACGUCGUAUGAGGCCCAAGAUUGAACUCUACCCUAACUCCACCCAGAGAAUCUCAGUAGGAAGCAGUGCUCUGUUCCAGUGUAGAGUGAUGGAUGGAGACCCGCCCCCGCAGGUCACAUGGACCAGAGCUGGAAAUCUACGGAUGUCUGAGCGUGUUGAGGUGAUGGAUAAUGGAGUGAUCAUGUUCAAGCAGGCACAACAGGAAGACCAGGGUGGAUACAUCUGCUCCGCCCAGAACGAGAUGGGGGUCAUCACUGCCACAGCAACGCUAUAUGUGGAAGGUCCGCCAACAAUCAACAUCCAGCCCAGCAAGAUUAUCUACGCCAUCAUUGGUCAGCGUGUGCGGUUGGAGUGUAGCGCAGAUGGUGAUCCCAUACCUUCAGUGUACUGGAUUGAACCGUCACGGUCUGCCCGCGGAGAUGUUCCGGUGGAUGAAUCUUACGAUUUCUCAGUGGCAGCUACCCCUGGAUCAGCUGUAGUGGACAUUGGUAGCUUCCAGAGGUCAGAUGCCGGGACUUAUGUUUGUGUGGCCAAGAACUCUGGUGGUCAAACUCAGGACAGGGUCCAAGUCAGUGUUGACGAGGGUAGUCGGCCAAGAGGGUUGACUAUUUCUGGUCCCAGCACACUGUCCGUUAGGGAGGGGCAGGUGGUCGAACUUAUCUGCUCAGCCAGUGACAUCAACAACCCUAUCAUACGUUGGCGACGUCGCGAGGGCGUGUUACCUCCUGGUCACCGUGUGAGUGCAGGAGUUCUCACGUUACCGCGAUUCCGAUCUGAGUAUGCCGGGGAGUACAUCUGUUCAACAGUUGUACAGACGCAGUCUUAUGAAGCAUCUGUCAUCAUCAUUGUCACUGUUGCUCCGAGACUGACCAUUUCACCGCAGCGUAUCACAUCUCGUGCCGGAGACACAGUCCAACUCCGCUGUUCCGCAUCAGGCAGCGGACCAUUCAAUAUUGAGUGGUCACGAGUAGACGCACAGAUGAAUCCAAGUGCUCGGGAGAAUGACGGCAUUCUUGAAAUACGUCAAGUGACCCCAGCAGACGCAGGACGGUACCGUUGUGUGGUACAGAGUGGUUCUGGAACAACUGAAGGAUACGCCAUUGUGGAUGUGGCAGCACCACCCUCCAUCACUGUUACCCAGCGAGAUGUUUACACAGAGACCAACAAAGUUGCCCAAUUACGCUGUGACACAAGCGGUUCACCAACACCAAUGGUACGAUGGGAAAGAGAGGGCGGAGAGUUACCCCCACAACAUCGCGUACAGGAUGGCCUUCUCACGAUCUACAAUGUACAGGAACAAGACGCAGGCAGAUAUAUCUGCACUGCCACCAGUACGGCAGGCAGUGCCCGAGACUAUGCUGUACUUCAUAUCUCAUCGGGCAGCGUAAUAGAUGGAGAUAAUGGAGGUGACCGUUCGAAUGUCCAGACUGUUAAUAUUGGCGACAGGGUGUCUCUGGAAUGCAUUGUAACUGGGACUCCACUGCCAACCAUCACUUGGUCCAGAUUGGAUGGACGACUUCCCGCCGAUUCCAUCCUUGGCGAUGGAAUUCUCAUCAUCCCAUCUGCAAAGAUGGAUGAUGCCGGAACAUAUCGUUGUGAGGCGGUUAACGAGGCUGGUUCUGUGUCCCAGAAUGUUGUUCUCUAUGUCCGAGCUGAGCCCCGUGUGACGGCGCCAACUAACAUGCGUGCAGCCCUUGGUGAGAGUGUGUCACUUGUGUGUGACGCACAGGGCUUCCCUGCCCCCGCCAUCACGUGGUACAGGAAGGAUGGAGAAAUGCCAGAUGAUUACCAGAUAGUGGAUGGUGACCUGAAAAUCAGCCGGGUACGCCCUGAAGAUGCUGGCAUGUACUACUGCCAUGCUCAGAAUGAACAUGGCGACUCCGACUCACCUGUGAAUCUCAACGUCGGUGCCCUUGUUCCAAGAUUUACCCAGGAUCCUAAAUCAUACAUUGCCUACCCGCCGCUCAAUGACGUCUACCUCGACUUCGAUAUCCUUCUUUCACUGAAGCCCGAGUCUACUGAAGGUAUGGUGCUGUACAAUGGACAGUUUGAGGAUGGAGGCGGAGACUUUGUAUGUUUUGGUUUGAAUGAGGGUUAUCCAGAGUUCAAGUUUGAUGUCGGCUCGGGUCCUGCAGUUAUUCGGGGAAAUAAUACUCUUGGCUUGAAUGAGUGGCAUACCAUCAAGCUGACCAGAAACAGGAAGAAGGGCUCGAUGGUGGUGGAUGAAGAGCCAGCCUAUACUGGAGAGUCUCCAGGCUACUUCACUGGCCUUGACCUUGCUGGAAACAUGUAUCUAGGCUCUGUGCCCAACUACAACAAUAUACCCAAGAAUACAGGCUACAAGGACGGUUUUGUGGGGAGCAUCAGUGAAGUCCAGAUCAAGGGUGUGGAACUGAACCUGGGAGCUGAGGCCCUGGAACUACAUGGCAUUGAGCAAUACAACGGGUGUCAGCGUAAUCCCUGCCUUAACGGUGGGGAGUGUGUGGCUGCCAAUAUGAAGUUCGGGUUCUCGUGCAUCUGUCCACAGGGAUACACGGGCAGCAGGUGUGAGGAGCGCGGGGAACAGUGCUAUCCCAAUGCAUGUGGACCAGAGGGCCGUUGUUUCAACCUGCCUGGCCGGGGUGGGUUCAGGUGCAUCUGUCCCCUCGGGAGGACCGGAACCGGAUGUCUUGCAAAUGUCCCUGUGACAAGCCCCUACUUCAACCGCACAUCUUUCAUCUCCUACGCACCGGUCGACAACGUCCCAUUCGCCAACAACAUUGAGCUGGAGUUUAAACCUCAGUCGCUGCAGGACGGGAUUAUAAUGUACGAGGGAGAUAACGAGGAUGGCUCAGGAGACUUUUUAGCUAUUGUGCAGAAGGACGGGUACCUUGAGUUCAGAUUUGAUACUGGAUCUGGCCCAGCCAUUGUUAGAAGCAGAAAUCCUGUCAGGGUUGGAGAAUGGACAAGCAUCAAGGCCAGCAGAAACCAGAGAGAGGGGAGCCUCACAGUGAAUGAAGAACAGCCAGUCAAAGCCCUAGACUGGUCAGGCUCAUCCCCUGGCAGCACUAUCGGCCUUAACCUGAAGUUGCCACUUUACCUUGGAGGCGCAGACCCAACAGUUAGAGUAUCACCGAAUACUGGAGUCAAUCAGGGAUUUGUGGGCUGCGUUGCUCAGGCUUCAAUCAACGGAGCACGUCUGGAACUUGUUCGGUCAGCCGUGGAGAGCCUGAAUGUUGUGGACUGUGGAGAACGUCGUUUGUGUGAGCGUACACCAUGCAGGAAUGGGGCUACAUGCGAGGACAUCCCUGGACCUAACUACAAAUGUCUGUGCCCAGUGACCCACACCGGACGUGACUGUGAACAGGAGUUAAACCUGUGCCUCACAAACUCUCCGUGUCAAAAUGGAGCUGCAUGCAGUUACCGUGACAAUACAUACCAGUGUGACUGCCCGCUAGGAUUUGCCGGGCGUGACUGCCAGUUUGCUAUCCAACUAGAUGACAACUUGAAAUUCGGAGGUCGCUCCCUGCUGAGUUUGAACCAAUCCCUGUUAGCGCACACUCGGACCCAGGAGAGACAGAACAUCUCGUUUGUUAUCCGCACGACCCAGAGUGAUGGUCUGGUGUUCUGGCAGGGAGCCCAGGCUGAUAAGAAGCUCAUGGGCCAGGACUACAUGUCCAUUGCCCUGGUUGAUGGAUAUGUUGAGUUCAGGUUUGAGAUGGGCACCGGGCCGGCAGAGUUGAGGUCCAGAGACCGUGUUAAUGACGGACAGCCGCACAUGGUGUUUGUCGACCGACUUGGUCGCGCAGGAAGCCUUAUAAUCGACUCCACAGAAACAGUGUUUGGAAACUCCCAGGGUUCCCUACAGAUGCUGAAUGUCUACGGCAAUAUCUACUUUGGUGGUUUAUCUAACAUCCAACUCAUGACAGACAAUGCUCACACGGAGAACUUUGAAGGCUGCAUCGGGCAGAUAAAUAUUUCUGGAAAAGACAUUGAUAUAAAUCGUGAUGUCAUCAGGGCAUUUAAUAUCGAGUCGUGUAGUAAUCCAUAGAUAUUGGCAGUAUAGUGUUAUAGUUAGAGACAUUGUUAAAUUCUUAUCUAAUUGAUUUUUUUACCCUUUUUUAUACGCAACUACUGCUGUUGCAGUGUUUUUGUGAAGGAAAUUGUUGUUGAUACUGUUAAGAUUCUGUUAGAUUGUUCAGAAUACAGUGUAACAUAUGGCCUAUGAUACUAGUGUUAUAUUUAGCAAUACUAGCGUCCAUUUCGUGGAUGCCGUUUUAAGCAGCAAAGGCAUUUUGCGAUAAAACCAAUUUAAGCUGAAUCGUUUGAAUAGCGAUUUAAUUGUUUUUUAAUCAGGAACUCCAUGAACCGUACGGAAAAACUGUGCAGUGUAAGCUGCGGCUAUAGGCGGUGUCCGUGAUAAUGCCUUUUCAAAUAUUUGCAUGCUAAGGAAACUGUACAAAGUUUGAAUUCUAUUUUUAACAGGCUAUUUCAUUUUUUAUACCAUUAGUUUUAAACAGCAAUCAAUAAGCAGAUACAUUAAGUGGUAAACACUAUAUUCGCGGAACAUGUAAUUGUGCAAUUGAUGGGAUAUUAGAAUUAUUCAAUUUUCAAAUAGAUGCAUAGAAUUCUGUUCCAUGAUUUGUACUUGUGUAAAUUUCUAUCUUCAAUAUGUGAAAAAUUGUUUGGAAAGCCUACAAAUGGGGGGUUAGUGUUAGGAUUAGGAAUAGUUAGGAUUGAUAAAGUGAGUUUAUGAAAGUAUGUUCAUGUAAAUACAUGUCAAGGUUAAAUAGUUUAGUGAUGUAAAUGGCUACUGUGUGGACAAGCAAAUAGGCCAGUAUCUCUCUAAUGCAACAGAUAAGAUUAUAUACAUCAUUAAUACGUACAUGUAUUUACAAACAAAAUAUCAAAUUAUUUUAUUUUUGUAUUAUAUUUUAACAAGGGGGUAACACAUGUUUUGGCUUAUAAUUGAAACAAAUUCAAAACUAUAUUUUCCUUGUAUAACGUCAGUUUAUCUUGGUUACUAUGCAAAAAUUUCAUAAUAAUGAUCAGAAACACUAGUAUGAAAGGGUGCUAUUCCCUGACCAAUCCGUAGAUAAUGUAUGCUUAUUAUUUUGAGAGCGAGCCAGUAUCUGACAAAAUAGCUGUAGCUGUAUUUUUUGUAAUAUUUUGUGUUUCGCUGUUUGCUAUUUUUAGCAUUGAGAAUUUUUGUACCAAAGCUUCAAUUGCUUAUUCCUGUACUCUCAUUGGCUGAGUGAAUGUUAGUUAUCCAUAAUUUAUCCAACCUACAAGUAUCUUUCAUUUACAGUAAUUAUAUCAUUUGUUUUUUACUCCAUCAUUUUUAUCUAUAUUUCAUUAUCUCUUUCCUUUUAGCAAAGAUUUAUGACUGAUGUAAGAAACUUGCUUUAUUGUUGUGAUAUGAAAUCCAUUAAAACCUUUAUAUUUGAGUGUAUUUUGUGUAUUUUAGUUCAUUCUGACUCAGUUUUGUUUCCGAUCAUAAUCUGUUUAUAUAUAGAGUAUGGGUCAACAAUAUUCAUGUUUUGAAGAGAUGUAUGAUUUAUAUAUUCCAAACUGCAAGUCAAAUAAGUUCCAAUUUAUUCGAACUACAUGUUUGUACACCUAAUUUAAUCGUAAAAA